UCAAAACAAAUAAAAUUAAAAAUAGAGCAGAGAUGGAGCAGAAGAAAGAGACGGUGACAACGACGAUGAGUGAUGAAGCGAAAGAGAGAAUUUCAGAGAGACUGUCAUGUUUGGAGAACCUCUACUUUCCGCGUGCUCUCGAAUCCACCGUCACUCUCCCUUCUCAACGCAAGGCCAUCUUCCGCGACCUUCUCUCUAGAGACGUUGCUCUUUUCUUAGAACGAUAUGGGUCCAAACUCACGUGCAGCGAGCUUAGUGAAUUUGAUUCGAUGAAAGACGAUUAUGAGAUUAAUUGGCACAUAAAGCGGUUAAGGAGCAUAAUGAGUCCGACGUCGGAGGAGCUGAGGAUGAGGUCGGUGACGGUGAAGAACCGGAGGCGCGCCUACUUGGAUAAACUGGUGUGCCAAGGGCAUUACUUCUCUGAGGAGGCAAUGAGGGAGAGAGAGCCGUAUCUGCAUCAUGAGUAUGUGGGUAGGUUUCAGGACCAGAGUGGCAGACGCAUGGCGAGGCCGGGGGAGCGGUGGUCGGAGACGCUGAUGAGGAGGUGCGAGGAGGCGGCGCUGGUGGCAAAGAUUAGAGGGGAGCAGCAGAGGAUGGGUGUGCCGGAAAGGGACUGGGUUGGUAAUGAGAGGUUUCAAGAAGAAGAAGAAGAAGAAGAGGAAGAGGAGGAGGAGGAGGAGGAGGAAAAGGAAGAGGAGGUGGUAUUGGAUGAAGAAAGGAGAAGAAUUAGUAGCAAUGGACAACCUGUAGAGAGACACCUGAAUGAGGCUGAUCCAACCAAAGUGAGUGAGGAACCAACUUUAUCUGCAGAAGAACUGGAGGACCGGAUGAAUCAAUUCACCUACAUUAUGCAGCAGAAGUUUCUAUUAGGAGAAGAUCACGAACAUCAAGAUUACUCUAAAAUAGAUAAUGACGAGACCCUUGACGAUCAUUGGCAGAGGGAGGCCAAUAUUGAUGCAGAGGAGAGAUAUUUUGCUGAUGACUGAACUGAACUAUGGCAUCAAUACUGGUUUGUGGGGAAUCAGAUGCGCCUUUGUCCAUCUUGAAAUCUACAUUGUACUUAAAUUAACGGGACAUGUGCAUAUUCUUAAUAUAAAGGUUUCUUUGAUUGUGAUAG